AUGGCUAGUCAGCCUACUCCUCCAAAAAAAACUAGAGGCCGCCAAAAGAUCAAAAUGGAGCGAAUGGAGAAGGAUAGCAAUCGACAAGUUACCUUCUCCAAACGCCGAUGUGGUCUUUUUAAAAAGGCUAGCGAGCUGUGCACCUUAUGUGGUGUAGAAGCUGCAAUUAUCGUCUUCUCACCAGGGAAAAAGGCCUUUUCUUUUGGCCACCCUUCGGUAGAGAUGGUAGCCAAUCGCUAUUAUUUUUCAAAAUAUUCUCCAUCCUCAUCAUCCUCUGAUCAGGAUAUCAAACCACCCCUUGGGGUUGGGGUUGGGAUCCAUCGCAGCAGUGCUGGUGUCUGUGAUCUCAACCUCGAACUCACCUUAAUCAAUCGUCAAAUGGAGAUGGAGAAGAAGAGAAACGAAGAGAUGACCGAGACCAUGAUGGAUCUUCCCAUCGAGUUGCUUUCAUUGGAAAAUUUGGAGCGUUUCAAAGCUUCCUUAGAAGAGCUUAAGAAGCAUGUUAUCCAACAAGGUAAUAGCCUCAUGAUGAUGGAGGCCGCCGCGAAAGCUCCAACUACUCUUACUCCUAGUACUCCUCCUCCUCCUCCUUAUCCAAUGGCUUUUACGGGGGUUAAUUAUCCUGUGUUUGAUACAAAGGAUGGUGCCUUCGUUGGAUAUCGACAGGAUUAUUACUAGCUUUGCAUGGGAGUAUUUCAUUUGCUGAGGAAUUGAAGGAAAACCAUACAUUAAAUUUCAUAUUUAACGUAUGAUGAUGCAGUUAAUCAAUCGCUUGUUUCACAUUUAAUUUGAAGUUGUUGCACCCAAAAA